GGGCUGCGGAGAGGCGCCACGGCAGGGGAGGAAAGAAGAGAGGAAAAAGAAGAGGAGGAGGAGGAGGAGGACGCACGUGGCAGCAGGACAUGGCUUGUGAGAAGGAAGAAACAUCGAUGACAGUGAUUAAAGGAAGAAUUAAUCUGUACCUAAGAAUGAAGGAAGGCAGAGUAGCAUUUAAUGAACAGUGAAGCUACUGAGGAGGAAUGACAGCGGCGGCGGUGGUGGCGGUGAUGGUGCUGAUGGUGAACCUUACUCCGGGGGCGGCUGUUGGGGCGGUGACAGGAGAAGCCGUCGGGAGAACACGCACCUCCGGGAGACUCUUCGCGCCUCCAGGGACCCUCGCCGCCUCCCUCCUCCUGCCGGAUCCGGUGAAGGUCAGACUAAGGCCAGGCUUCCCCUCCAGACCCAUCCCGCCACUCAGGAGAUUCCGGAGGUCCCAGGCGCUGCUGCAGGCCGCUCAGACAAUCGAGGACAUGGUUAAGGUGAUGGAGGAUAAGGGAAACAUGCAGCCGUUCAAUAGUUCCCUCAAGACAGAGCUUCUCCUUCUGUCCCAAGAGAUCCACUCCUCCAUGGCGUCACUUUCCAACGGUGCAGAGAACACGACUUUGGUUAACUUCACCCAAGAGACGCCGGAACCCAUCUUUAACAACCCCGUGGACACAUCGCAACACAUAAUCAGCAACCCAGAAGACACAUCGCAACACAUAAUCAGCGACCCAGUGGACACAUUGCAACACAUUAACAGCAACCCAGAAGACACAUCGCAACACAUUAUCAGCAACCCAGAAGACACAUCGCAACACAUUAUCAGCAACCCAGAAGACACAUCGCAACACAUUAUCAGCAACCCAGAAGACACAUCGCAACACAUCAUCAGCAACCCAGAAGACACAUCGCAACACAUAAUCAGCAACCCAGAAGACACAUCGCAACACAUCAUCAGCAACCCAAAAGACACAUCGCAACACAUUAUCAGCAACCCAGAAGACACAUCGCAACACAUUAUCAGCAACCCAGAAGACACAUCGCAACACAUCUCCAGUAUCAUCAACAACCUCAAUAAUACAUCCUCAGUUGUAUUCAGCAACCCAAAAGACACAUCGCAACACAUCAUCAGCAACCCAGAAGACACAUCGGGACACAUCAUCAUCAUCCCAGAAGACACAUCGCAACACAUCAUCAGCAACCCAGAAGACACAUCGCAACACAUCAUCAACAACCCAAAAGACACAUCACAACACAUAAUCAGCAACCCAGAAGACACAUCGCAACACAUCAUCAGCAACCCAGAAGACACAUCGCAACACAUCAUCAACAACCCAAAAGACACAUCGCAACACAUCAUCAGCAACCCAGAAGACACAUCGCAACACAUCAUCAGCAACCCAGAAGACACAUCGGGACACAUCAUCAUCAUCCCAGAAGACACAUCGCAACACAUCAUCAGCGACCCAGAAGACACAUCACAACACAUAAUCAGGAACCCAAAAGACACAUCACAACACAUAAUCAGUAACCCAGAAGACACAUCGCAACACAUAGUCAGCAACUCAGAAGACACAUCGCAACACAUCAUCAGCAACCCAGAAGACACAUCGGGACACACCAUCAGCAUCCACAACCACCCCGAGAACACAUCCUCAACCACCCUCAACAACCCACAGAACACAUUGGGCCCUAUCCUUAGUAUCCUUAACCCCGAACACACAAUGGAACCGAUCCUCAGUAUCCUCAACCCCCCGAAGGACACGUCAGGAGCCAUCGUCACCAACCCCGAGGCCCAAGAACCUGAAGGAGACACCACCGCGGAUGAUGAGGACAUUGGCGCGGCUCAAGAGUUCCUCAGGAGAGUCAAAGAGAUCUUGGAAGGCAGCGGCAUUGAGCUUGUUCUGCCGAUAGACUGUGGCCGGAACCCGCUGCAGCCUGACGACCAGUUGGGGACUUCGGAGCUCCCGUGGCUGGUGGCUCUGGGCUCGCGCGAGGACGGCCGCUUCUUCUACCGCUGCCCUGGCCUCAUCGUCACCAACUUCCACGUUCUCACCGACGCCGACUGCACCGCCUCCCCCAACAUCAAUGUGGUCCACGUGAGCAGGUCGGGGCUGGUGCCUGACGAGGGGGCCGAGGAGAACUUCGUGGUGGGGCGCCGUAUCCACCCCGACAUCACCACCCUCACCGACCUCUUCAGCGGCGUCAACGUGGGCCUCGUGGAGCUGGCCGAGCCUUUCGUCUUCCACGACGCCCUCCAGCCCGUGUGUCUGCCCGGCCUGCUGGACGAGCCUGACCCCUUCGCUGCCUUCAGUGGUCUGGCGGCCGGCUACUCCGUCAUCCCUAACAGCCAGGUGGGGCGCGUGGCCGAGGUGUACGCCGUGAACGCCAGCGUGUACGGCCCCGCGUGGUGUCGCAGCGGCGUGCUCACCCGCGACGCGCCCCCCAACGCGACCCUCAGCCUCAUGCAGGUGCUGAACGAGAGGCACGUGUGCGCGGCCCUCGACUUUGAUGAGAUCGGCAAGUCCGUACUACUGGCGGAGGACGCGAGGACAGGGCGGGUGAGGGUGGUGGGUGUGGGCUCCUUCGCCAAUGCUGAGCACACCUUCCCUAUCACCUACACCCUCGUGCAGCCCCAUCGCUUCUGGGUGGAGGUCACGCUCAAGCGCUUCCUCGACAACACAGCCACGCGCAAGACACUCGAGGAGACUAUAGAUGAGCAGCUAUAGGAACCUUGUUGGAGUGGAGGUGCGUGACCCGGACGGUGUGUGGCGCUGCAUGCGUGGCCACCAGACCCAGCGAGGACCUGCAGACCUGCACCGCCAGCACCCGAUCCCCCAUCCCCACCUCCU